AUGCUUAUCUUCAGAUAUCCGUGGUUUAUAUACAGUUUUCUUGUGCCGUGUUAUGGAAGCUUACAGCCGGGCUUCUCUCAACUCCAGCGAGGACACAGACUGGACAGAAAACUGAUCCAGUCAUUCACAGAACUCAGUUUCCUGGACUGUGUGAUAAAAUGUCUAGUAACACCACGGUGUAAAUCUGUCAACUAUUUCAAAGGGGCUAAUUUCUGUGAACUCAAUUACGAAAAUAAGACGACAGCGGAGACAAUGUACAUGGACAAUGCUGGAUGGGUGUACAGUGAAAAGGAGCACUGGCCUAAGGGUCUUGCUGGAGCUUGUUCAAACUCGAACUGUCAACUCAACGAGACAUGUAAACACAAAAGAUAUUCUGAGGAUAAAUUCUUUGAAUGUGUUUUGUCCGACUGUGGAAUACCCGAUCUAAAAGGAAUAGACCUGAAUACAACACGACGUGAGGACGCCAUUGGUAUACACAGGAGGAUACACGCCUCGUGUUCUGACGGAUACUCUCAGUCUGGUUCAGGGCGGCUGAUCUGUCAGUCAAACGGACAGUGGAAAUACAACAUUGUCUGUGAAGUUACAGUUCCAUUGGAGCUUGCAUUUGGUAAACCUGCUGAACAAUCGUCAACGUAUUUAUUACAUGGGCCCGAGUAUGCAGUAGAUGGUAACAAUGGUACAAACCUUAUCCUAGACAACUGUGCACACACAGGUGAGGGCGACACAAAUCCGUGGUGGAUGGUGGAUCUGCAGGCUGUGUAUUCCAUCAAAUCUGUCAGAAUACUCAACAGAGGAAUGGAUGAGUACGGAAGGGAUGUGUCAUUCCGGUUGCAAGAUGUUACCGUCACUGUAGGACUGACAGAAUCAGAUGACAACACUCCCUGUGGUUUCUUUGCUGGUCCCGGUACUCUGUCACAGCUGGUCGUCAUCGACUGUCCGACGUCACCACAGGGGAGAUUCGUAAAGAUCUCCAAGACAACUGAGUAUCUCACUCUUUGUGAAGUUGACGUGUUUGGAUUCUUCCUUUGAUCCUUAUCAUAGCAUAAGUCAUAGAUUUAGGAUAACAUUUACUCAGAAUUUGAAUCUUUAAAAAUGUUUUUUUUCAAAGUUCAAUACUGUAGACAUUGAAAUCGUUACGGUGUUUUUAAUUUGACUAUGUUCACGGUCAGACAAUUUUCCGUGAACAUUAAGCCACCGUGUAGUGUAAGCACAUAUUGUA